AUGCGGGUCCAGACCAUCUCCCGGGUCGAGAAAGACUUCACGCAGGAGGUCCAGUCCGACAAGCUCAAGGUGUUCCGCAAUUACGACCCCGCGCUUCAUCCGUUCGAGCGUCCGCGCGAGUACACUCGUGCGCUGAAUGCCGUGAAACAAGAGCGCAUGUUUGCCAAGCCCUUUGUUGGAGCGCUGGAUGGCCAUUGCGAUGGUGUCACGGCCUUAGCGACGACUCCGUCGAGUCUCGUAGCGCUCGUGAGUGGCGCUGCAGACGGCGAAGUGCGCGUGUGGGACCUGCCUCGACGGAAAUGCGUGUGGAACGUGUACGGCCAUCGCGGCUUUGUGCGUGGUCUGGCCGUAGCACCGGACGGGCACACAUUUUACUCGUGCAGUGAGGACAAGACCGUCAAGCAAUGGGCGCUGCGUGUAAAGAGCGAGGACGAGGACGUCCCGACGGCAUUGGCCACGUUCACUUCCAAGGAACCCUUCCUCGGCAUUGACCAUCACUGGUCGCAGAAGCUAUUUGCCACGUGCGGCUCCAAGGUGCAAGUGUGGGACCCGUCGCGUUCAACGCCCACGCACGAGUUCGCGUGGGGCGCCGACUCGAUCAAUUCCGUCCACUUUAACCCCGCAGAAGCGUCACUCCUAGCGUCGACAGGAUCGGACCGCAAUGUCACAUUGUACGACAUUCGCGUGGCGUCGUCCAUGCGCAAAGUCGUCAUGGAGAUGCGCUCGAACGCGCUCGCGUGGAACCCCAUGGAGCCCAUGAACUUCACAGUCGCCAACGAGAAUCACAACCUGUACACGUUCGACAUGCGCAAGAUGGACCGUGCUAUGAUGGUGCACAAGGAUCAUGUCUCGGCAGUAAUGGACGUGGCGUACUCUCCGACGGGUCGAGAAUUCGUGGCAGGAUCGUACGAUCGGACGAUUCGUAUCUUCAACGUGCGCGCGACGAAAAGCCGUGAAGUGUACCAUACCCAGCGAAUGCAGCGCAUCUUCUCGGUCAAGUUCAGCGCGGACGCGAACUUUGUGCUGUCUGGAAGUGACGACACGAACAUUCGCAUCUGGAAGGCCGAAGCAGCGAAGAAACUCUCCAAGGUCGGGCCACGCGAGCGCCGCAAGAUGGAGUACAACGAGUCCCUGAAAGAACGCUACGAGCAUCUUCGGGAGAUCAGCCGUAUUGCCAAACAUCGACACGUCCCCAAGGCCAUCAAGAAAGCUGCACACGCCAAACGUGAGGCCAGUGCGCGUGACCAGAAGAAGAUGGCGAACCGCCGCGCGCAUGCGAAAGAAGGUGCCGUGCCCCAUACGAACAUUCGAGAAAAGGUCGUUGUCAAGGAACUGGAGUAG